UCUACUCUUUAUACAGAGUGUACCAAAGUGCAUGAAUUAUUUGUCUUUAUACCAUAAAUAUGGUUGUAAGACAGAACGUAGUUUAAAAUGGAAGGUUUGUUACUUAUAGUAAACUGACUGCUGUAAAUGAUUUCGUUAAUACUUAUGCCUUGGAAAAUCAUUGAAAUUAACGCAGAAAUGAUGCUAAACAAUAUUAGCUCUUCGCUUAAGAGAUAGCACCGUGGAAAUGACUCCAAAACGGAAGACCACCAGCUCGGAGUCUACUUCGACAACUAGUUGUGGUUCCUCGUCCAGCAAUUCCUCAAGCUCGGGUAGCGAAUCUAGUUCAUCGGAUUCAGAAAGCUCCAGUAGCUCUGCCAAUAGUCAAAAAGCAUCCGAUACAGAACGAACAAAGAAGAAAACACAGUUUCCCUCUGGUCAUCAUGGCAAAACUAAAGCCGACGCAGUUCCGGUUCCUUCUUCAGAGAAUAAAAGUAAAGAAAAAGUACCAUCCAAAUCUAGAUCUGUGGAAUAUUCUUCAGAAUCUGAGGAAUCACCCAGUAAAGCAAAGUCAGCAAAGAGAAAACCACCAGCUAAACCUAAAGCUACUGCCACAGUAGCCCCUGUUGUUAAACAGCAAAGGCCACCUGCUAAAUCAGCAGCUACACCUGGCCAGCAGAAAAAUACACCGAAUUCUAAACCUAUCGGUAACAAGCCAAAUAAACCUACUGCUUCUACAAGUACAAACGGGAAAAGUCUAGAUAAAUCUACAAAAACGACGUCGGAGCCUGUACAAAAGAAAUUUAAGAAAAAAAGCAUAUUCAGUCCAGAGAAUAGUAGCGAAAGCGAUAGCAGCAUUCCAGUUAAGACUAAUGCACCAAAACCAGUAAACACUUGUGCAAAAUAUAUAAAGAAUCCACAGCCCAAAAUAAAAUCAAACGAUGCAAAACAAAAGGCUACUACUUCGAGCAGAUCUAGUUUAUUGGCGAAAUCUGCACAGCCACAAAAGUCUGACAGCUCUGCGAGUUCUAAAAGUUGUUCAGCAGCAUCAGGUUCCUCUGGCUCCUCAAAUAGCAGCACUGAUUCCGAAUCAUCGGAAAGUGUAGCGAGUCCACAGCCUCGAACGAAGAAAAAAGACACUCAGCAAAGUGCACCAGUAAACGCUAUGACCAAUGUUCCACCGAAGCGACCAUCCGCGACAGUUGCACCUGUAAAGCCACAGAAAUGUACAAAACGACAAAGUACUGUAAAAAGUGAGGACGAGGCCGACGCGUCUGCAAGCGAAAAAGAAAUGGACGAGCACGAAGAGAUGACUGGUGCUUCGAAAGCAACGACCAAAGGCAAACGGAAACUGCAAACACGAAAAGGGAGCAAAUUACUUCAGCUUCAAACAAAGACAGCCAGUGAUUCGGAAUCCGACGCAGUAUGGUUCUCAGGUACGGAAUCGGUAGCGUGUAAGCGUAUCCUGCAAAUUCCGCUGAUCCGGUGUGAUUUAUCGAGAGUAGCCGAGAGCAAGAGGAGCACGAGCAAAUCGCCUGUUAAACGUGCUGGACCUAGCACCGCCGCCAGACACGCUUCCGGCGUGAACAGGGUACCGCAAAACAGUGCCAUCUCCAACGCUACAGGUGGAAGAUCAAGCCAGGGGAAUUAUAGUCGUGUACGCGUGAGCAAGGAAAGAGAAUGCCCGCUAGCGCCGACGUGCGACUCUCGAGGUCAUCUCUCUGGGAAACUCGAGUCACAUUUCACCUUGGAGGGCUGUCCCUUGUAUCACAACACGACGCCACAAGCUUGCGUGGAGUUCUACAAGGAAAGGAAAAAGCGUGAGGAGGAACGGAAGAAGGCUGUAGCCUCGCUGGCUAAAAAGUCUCCAAAGGGAGUGCACCAGACAUCAGAGCAGCGCAACUAUCAACUGAAAGUAAGAGACUCGAGGACCAAAUGGAAAGGAAGCACGGUCGAUGGGAACGAAAGCGACAGCGGUAGCGAGCUCCAAGGAAACGAGAAAGACCGACAACCGCGGCUGACGAAUCUCACGCCGGAUUACGAUCUGAAAUUAUUUAUGGAGGCACAAGCAAUCGCCAGUGAGAAGAUUGAGAAGGAACUGAAGGAAUUGGAGUACGACGGCGAGGGCAGGAACGGUGGCGGCACCAGGGUCAUCGAAAUGGGCAAAUGGGAGAUGGAGGUGUGGUACCAGAGCCCGUAUCCCGAGGAGUUUAGUCGAGCUCCUAAGCUUUAUUUAUGCGAGUACUGUUUGCGGUACGCCAAGAGUCGUCAAGUGCUGAGGAGGCAUCGAGAGAAAUGUUUGUGGAGGCAUCCACCUGGACACGAAGUAUACAGGAAAGACAAGAUAGGCGUAUGGGAAGUCGACGGGAAGCGUUACAAGCAGUACUGCCAAAACCUCUGUCUACUAGCCAAGUUCUUCUUGGACCACAAAACGCUCUACUACGACGUCGAGCCUUUCCUCUUCUACGUGAUGACGAUUGGUGACUCCGAAGGAUGUCACACGGUCGGCUACUUCAGCAAGGAAAAGAACUCUUUCCUCAAUUACAACGUAUCCUGUAUUCUGACGCUACCGCCUUAUCAACGUCAGGGUUACGGCCGGCUCCUCAUCGAUUUCAGCUACUUAUUGACCAGGGUCGAGAAAAAGAUUGGCUCGCCCGAGAAGCCUUUAUCUGAUCUGGGCUUGAUCUCGUAUCGCAGCUACUGGAAGGACGUUUUGCUGCAGUACCUCUGCAACUUUGGGGGCAAGGAACUCUCCGUUAAAGACAUCAGCAAAGAGAUGGCCAUCGACUCGUACGACAUAGUCAGCACCCUGCAGGCCCUCGGUAUGAUGAAGUACUGGAAGGGCAAGCAUAUCAUCUUAAAGAAACAGGACGUGAUCGACGACUACAAAGAGAGGGUGAAGAGACGGGGACCCGUCUACAAAGAGAUCGAUCCGGAGUGUCUGAAAUGGAACCCCUUCCAGCCUCCCAAGACGCCCUCCACCACAAACUAAGGUUCGCUGCAAGCAGGAGCUCAGAGUGACGCCGACGUCGGCCUUCCCCUUCUCUGUUGAUUGUCGACCGAGGGCGGUGGUCGAUCUCUUUCUUCGUUGCCGUCGACUUCGCCUUUCCUCUCCACCCCACCCCUCCCGUUGCUUUGCCCUGCCCGCCUCCUUUUUCCUCCUCCCCCGCAGUAGUUCCUCGCGACGGUUCCGUUCGACCGUCUCUCGCCUUUUGCGAGACUGGCCGAGGAAGCUCGCGAGCCGCGCAGAUUUCACGCCCGUAACGAUCCGUAAAACGCGUGAAAACCCCUUGGAACAAUUCCUCUGAGACCUCUCUCGUGACCUCUGUCCAGAGGAGACCAGAGAAGCCAGUUGAUCCCGGCGACGCCGACAGCGUCUCUGAUUCGCUAGAAUCAACUGGUCGCGUUCCUUUGACACUCGAGAAGAACGAAUCCAAUCGUGAUAGAUGCAAGAGUAAAGGGCUGAAAGCUACAAUCACUCGAGUCCUUAUCGAAACAAAUUUUGAAUAGAACAGUACUUUUUAUUACUUCUACCUGGGAAACCCUGGAAUUUUCUCUUGUUUACACCCUACAAUUCUUAUAGAUCCGUCACUGGAUUUACUUCACUUUUUCUCGAGUGACCGUUUUCCCGAACGUUUUAUCGACUUUCUCCGGUUAUAUCGUCGCGUCGAAAAUGUGCAAGGAACUCUGAAAUAUGUCGCGCUGCAGUCGCGUUGCACAGGACACGCGAAAGAGCAAGAGAUACGCUAUUGAUCGUGCUAAGUAGCUAGCUAAAGCGAGGUGUACGGUUCGCUUUGAAACGGAGAAAUUCAAGCCCUACAACACAGACUGUGCGUCGAAGCUGCUCGAACGAUGUGAAAAUAACUCUCGAUAGCCGUCGAGAGUCAAGGUUGAACAGAAUCAAUUUAAACGCUCGCGACACGCGCCGAUCGACGACCAUUCGAUAAACGUUUGAAAACGUCGACAAUGGGCUUCUGCGAAUGCCUCGUGCGGUUUCGCGAGCGAUCGUCGACGCGUACUACAUUCCGUUAAUCUCUCAAGGGACGAAUUUCAAAUGGAUUUGUUUUUUCUACCAAAGCAAUCUUUGUCUCUGAAUCGAUUUUGUCACAUACCCUUUAAUAUUUUAUUUUAUUUUAUUUUACUUAUUUCUAGCAGGUAUCGAGUAAUUUGUAUAACAAGUCAAACGUACCCAUGUGUGUCAAUUCCCUCGAGAGGUUAAGUCAGGUUAUGUCGCAUACCGAUGCUGCGACGCGUGCCGUUGGUAUCGCUCGACCGCUCGAUGCGUCCCUUUCCCAAACUUUAUUUCACAAACACUUUUCACCUUAACAAUCUACAACAUUUAUAUUCUUUUACGGUCAUUUACAUUUUGUUAACAUGAGAAAUAAACAGACGAGACACAUUUCUAACGACAUUACUUUGUGAUCAUCCAUAACCUUAAAAUGCGAUUCAAGUACACGUUACUCUACUUAAACGUUACUUUACUUUUUACGUUUUGGGAGACGCUGCCUGAUCACGUUAACCGUCGAGCGUUUCGUGUACGUAUUCGUCGACUAGACGAUUUUAAUCGAUUUUUCAACCAAGAAUACUGUUAUUUAGUUUUAUUGACUUUAUUUAUGUAUUUGCAAUCAUUGUCGGCAGAGAGAAGCGUUAACCCUUCGCGGACGGCCAUUUUGGAUUGCAAACGUUGGAGAGACGCUCAGAAAUGGCUAACAAUUAUUUUAUUUAAUGUAUAAAUUGUACUUUAAUUUAACGGAUUGCUACGUAGAUUUUAAGGAAAUCGAUGUUUGUUAACUUAUAACGACGGCUUUGUAAAGAAUUGAUCGUUGUGCGUCUAAAACGAUGAGAAUAUGAGAUUGUGUAGAAAGAUUGACAAAAUCUUAUUAGAAUAAUAGAUAGCAAAUUAUCAUGUAAUUGUCCGAUUCGAUAAGAAACGUGUUUUGUCAAUCUUAGUAGACACCGUCCGCAAAGGGUUAAAAGAGUUGCCCUUGAAAGGUCGCACGUAGCGGACACAAGUCUUAAGUAUGUUUGUAUUGUACCUUGAGUACGUGGGAAUGUAGCUUCAACGCGUUCACUGUCCGAAUCUAAUGCUCGAAUACUACUAAACAGGCCCUGUCCACGGGCCAGCACACAUGUCUAGGAGCUUCCCCCACUCUCCUGCGACUGCGCAGAUACAUGCGUGGAGUGGUUCCACUUGUCGACAGGACUGUAUUAUAGAACCUCCGAAAAACUAACAUUUUUAUAGCAAUCAAAUAUUCCAUCUUCUUUGAUAGACACUAGACGUAACUGUCCCUGUAAGAUAGCUACGUUUCUUCAUUCUGCAAACAUUUACAAAUUAAUCGUAUGGAUAUUACUUAUCGAAUAUUCGAUGCACGCACUCCUGAUUCAAACCACGAACCUUUUACAAUUUUUUUUAUCACAUCUUGUGCUUUUAUGCAAAUACGGUCCUGAGGGUAGCGAACAGUGAACGUGUUAAAAAAUCAUGUAAAAAGACAAGCAUCAAACGUUAGAACCAACGAUGGAUGUUGCAUAGACUGAGAAUCUUCGCCUUUAACCCUUUGCGAUUGUAACAUAACCCGUUGGUAGAAAUUGUUUUUAGCGACACGAGUUCCCAAUCUUUUUAUACGCAAAUAGGAUUAAAUAAAAAAAGUAUCAAAUGGGAA